AUGCGGUCGCAACUCGUCCGCCGCGCUCUUCGAGUUGCAACAGCCUCCACGUCGCGCGUUCUCUCUCACUCUGGUCUGCAACUAGCAAAACCUGUUGCCGCUAGUCUGCGUCCUCUUCAAAAUGUCCCCAUCCGCCACUUCUCGCAGCCCCGCGACGAUGAUGCAACUCACACUGCUGACUCCGAAGCCACUCAAUACUUGGGCGUCGUAUUCGACGCCACCAAGGUGAAAAAAUACAGCGCUGAGCUCGAAAUCGAAGGCCACAUCAUCAGUGGCGGCGAUUACUGGACAGCACUGGACGCUGCCAAAGCGUACGACGAAUUAGUGGCGCUGUACUGCGACUUGGACGAGCCUCGCAACUUUCCCGAGGGCGACACAACGGAAAGUAGCCAAGAAACAGGCGACCAAGUGGAAUGGGAAGCCCCAGAGGCUGGCAACCGCCACGCAGAUAUCAUCCCAGCCAUCUCUCAGAUCUAUUUGACUAUUGAUGAGGUGCAACAGGCUCUGGAACGGGAGAAAGCGAUCGACGUGUACACUGUGGACUUGGCUGGCAAGACCAGCUUGGCCGACUUCAUGGUGUUCGCCACGGGACGAUCGCAGGCGCACAUGCGACGUAUGGCCGAUCUGCUGAUCAAGUCCAUGAAGGCGCGAGAGAUCGUGGACGACUUCGACUACGCCGUGGAAGGCCGAGACUGCGACGACUGGAUGAUUGCAGACUGCAACAACAUUGUGGUGCACUUGAUGCGUGCUGACACUCGUCGGAUCUUGAAUCUGGAAGACCAUUGGGAGAAAAUGGUGGACGAUAAGCACAGUGUCUAUGGAGAAAUGAGCGAGGACGAAUACAUGGACAAGUUUGGCACUAGUGAACUCAUGGAAUACCUCGAAGACGAAGACCAUCCACAUGGAGAAGAAGAUGGAGAAGGGUCAGGCAUCGAGUGGAAGUAA